UUAUUUUUCUUAUACAUUGUUUUGUAUUUUCAUCCUUUUUUUUCUAUAGGUGAAACGAAACAAUCUGAAAACAUUAUAAAUCUUACAGAUUCGGAGGAGCUCGCAAAAUUGCUGACGGCUGCAGUCGAAGGAGACGCUUUGGCAUCUUUUCGUUUUUUCUUCACAAUUGAUGUUUCUAUUGAUGACACACAACAUGUAUCAGCAACAAGUCUUUCGGUCCUUGCUAACAUUGGUUUUGGGAAUUCAUGUUUGCAUCGCACGUAUUGACAUCGUCUUUGAGAACCACACAGACGUGUACGUUGAGGAGGGACAAGAACUGGAUAUGAACGUGACCAUAUUAGUCUACAAUGGUUCGGAGAGUACGAUUAUCUUUCAAAGUCUCAAUGAAAAUGAAUUUGAAAUAAUUAACGCAUCGACGUACAGUGUUUCCGCCGGAAUGGUUUUACCUAGAGUUUACCAUGUGAAAAUACGCGGAAAUAAUCUUGGAUUAUCGAGUAUUGUUAUAAUGAUGUCAGGAGUAGGAUCAAACGAAAUGACACGCGUUGCUGAGAUACCUGUCAAGAUUCUGCUUGUGGCUAAUUAUUUUUAUGACAACGUUUUGAAUUAUCUAUUUUUCAUUCCAUUAUCUAUUACGUAUUUUUUGAUGGGAUUCACGCUGGAUAUAAAACUAGUUUUGAAGAACUUAAAGCGUCCAUUUGCUGUUUUCAUCGGUUUCACCUGUCAGUUUGUGCUCAUGCCGGCAUUAGCGUUUGGCAUCGGUAAGAUGCUGCAAUUGGAGCCAACAGCAGCUAUUGGUUUGCUACUGGUUGGGUGCUCUCCUGGUGGAAAACUUAGCAAUGAUCUGAGCAUCCUUGUAGAUGCAGAUUUCGUGUUGAGUGUCACCAUGACAACUUGCUCAACUCUCCUGGCCCUCGGGACUAUGCCACUGAACAUAUUCAUCUACACGCCUCUCAUCACUGACUCCACAAUCGAGACACCCUACGAUCAAGUUGCUAUCCAGCUGGUCGGCAUGCUCAUCCCUCUCGCAGCGGGCGUCCUGGCACGGUUAAGAUGGUCACACUAUGAGAAGAAAGCUGUGAAGAUAAUGAAGCCAGUAAUCGCAGUAGUCCUCAUAUUGGUUAUAGGUUCAUCGUUACCGUUUCAGCUCUACAUAUUCUACGCCCCCUGGCAGAUUUAUGUGUCUUCUCUUCUGUUACCUUUAAUCGGAGGCACCUUAGGCGCCAUCAUGGCAAAGUUGGCUCGUUUAAAGAAAGAGCAGAUAGCCACAAUUGCCUUUGAGACUGGCGUCCAGAACGGAAUAAUAGCCUACGUCGUCCUAAUCAACGCCUACCCCAAGCCGGAGGCGGAUCUUGCAGGGCGGGUCCCCUUCAUCAGCAUCAUGCUACAGUUCUUUCUUGGAAUGGCAGUUAUCGGUAUCUACACCCUGCACAAGCGGUUCGUUUUCAAAGAAGGCAAGGAACCUGUGGAGGACAAAGUGGAGAUCGCCAUCGACAGUGGUACUUACCGAUCCACUUCCGAUUCCACUGUCCUCAAAGAUGAUGUGAAUGAGGAAAUACAGCAACCAACCGAUCGAGGAGCAGUGAUUAAUCUUGCUGUCGAAGAUACUGAAUUUUAAUAAUCAUUUUCUCCUACAAGUACAUAAACAUUUGAGUAGAUUGCUAGUUUACACAUUACGUCGGCUUAUUGUCGAUAGGUUGCAGGGAAAAUCAUGCAUUAAUUUCUUUGAAUGAUGUCGUCAAGUGCCAUGAAUAUUGGUGGCUUUAUAUGAAGGGCAUUUUCGGAACUAAUCUUUAAGAGGACUUUCGUACAGUCUGGUGGAGGAGAACAAAAGUGUAAAGAGUUUUCUUAACCAAAGGUCAGUACCGAAGUGCCCUUAAAGUUUCCAUAAUUUUCCCGUUUCUGUGAAAUUCUGUCCUUUCUCUCCUUUUUCUUCAAUUUUUUCUCUUUUUAUCCUUCCCCCUCUCUCUCCUCUUCCCCGAUAUCCUUCUAAUAUUUCGAUUAUUUGUAUAAUACUACUUCUUCAUUCACUCAUGUUCUCACUGGCCCACUCACUAACGAGUUCACUCGGUCACUAUUCCUCGAUCACCCGAUCACUCACUAGCUCACUCGCCCACCUUCCCACUCACCCAUGCACGCACUCACUCAUUUCCUUACUCUUUACUUAAUACAAACUCAUUCAUUCACUCACACUUACUGAUUUCUUCAAUAAUUCACCCACCCAUACUUUCCCACUUACAUCUUCACUCAUUCACUAUUCAAUCACCCACACUUCCCCACUCAUCCACACUUUCUCACUCACGUCUUCAACCAUUAAGUACUCACCCGAUCACUCAUUCACGCACCCCCUCAGUCUUACCCACUCACUCACUCACUCACACCUAAAUCAGCAUCUACUGAUACUUUCUCGUUCUCUCACUCACCCAUCCAUUCAUUUAUUACAAUAAAGCUUGCUUUCACCAAAAUAUUA